CUCUAAUUCAUGAAGAAUAUUGGAAGACUUUAAUUAAAAAAAAUAUCAGUCGUGGUUCAACAAUGUCCAUGAAAAUAUUAAAAUUAAGAAAUGCAAGUAUCAUUGGACAAAAAUCUUUCAAUUGA